UAGUAUAUAAUUGUUGCAUCCCGGUUGCAUCAUGAACGAAGGCGGUUAGUCAUCAGUUAGCGUGUGUCGUUGCAGUUUCUACAUGAGGAUGGAGAAUAGAUCCUUUACAAUUUCAUCCGGAGUACCAGCGUUCUUGGCAAAGUUAUGGAAGCUGGUUGAUGAUCCUUCAUCGGAUCAUUUGAUAUCAUGGAGUUCGGAUGAGGCAAGCUUUAUCGUCCAUGAUCAAGUCACGUUCUCAAGGGAAAUUUUGCCAAAAUACUUCAAACAUAACAAUUUUGCAAGUUUUGUGCGGCAAUUGAAUAUGUACGGUUUUCGUAAGAUAGUUGGUACUGAUCAAGGUGGUUUAAAAGCUGAUAAAGAGGAUUGGCAGUUUCAAAAUGUGAACUUCAUCAGAAGUCAACCAAGAUUGCUUGAAAAUGUCAAGAGAAAGUCAGCACCCGACGAUAAAAAGGUAAAAGGAGAAGAAUAUAAUCGUGUCUUAACUGACAUUCAUCACAUCAAGGACAAACAACUGGACAUGUCUUCUAAACUGGACCAAGUCAAAAUGGAAAAUCAAAGUUUGUAUCAAGAAUUAAUUGAUUUGACAAAGCAUGAAGAACAAGAGCAAGUGGUCAAUAAGCUUAUUCGGUUUCUAAUGAAACUCCUGUACUCUAAUAAUGGCCUGACUAACAAACGACCAUUAAUGAUACAAGGACCAGAAUCUUGAAUGCCAAACCUUGUUCAUCAGGAGUAAAUAUGGAUAAUCCAGGACCAUCACAGCAGCAGAGCUCCUAUAGCAU